CAAAAGUGAGCACACCACGUGCCCGUUGAAAUGUUCGCAGUUGCGACAGCACUUUGGGCUAGCUGAUUUCCAAACAUCUUUGGAAAGUGAGUGCUGUCCAAACCUUUCUGACCUCAAAGCAACUUCUGCUUUAGUCACACCAUUGAAAGGAGUCAAGUCCCGUCUGAACUCACCACCUCCUUUGGAAAGGAAUUAAAGCGAUGACGACGACGACGACAUUUUCCCUGCAUACAGUAGAUUUUCUAUCUUUACAUUUUGUUUCAAGUGUUUCUGUGGGGGCGGCGGCGGCGGCCAGCUUCCUCAAAGUUAACUGCUGGUGUAUUGAAACACAGAAACAUAUUGUGACAGCACUGAUGGACCGCAAGCAGUUGAGUUGAAAGGCGUCCUCGCCCAAGGCUUAUCGUCCGCUCUAAGACUUUGAAUUUUGGGUCACCAAGAAGAAGAAAACUAAAAUGGCACACGUCUUUGUCAAGAUUUUUCUACUUUGCGUUCUGCUUGAAGGCAACCUGUGUCAGGAAUGGGCGACCAUGUUGCCGUCGUCCGUGCAGGGCGUGAGUGGUUCAUGCGUUCGAAUUGCCUGCAGAUUGACGUUACCUGGUCGUUAUGAUCUGGAUUUGGACCGCACUUGCGCCGCCAUUUGGAGGCGGGGCUCCAGGAGCGGGCGCUACGUGUUCGACUCCAGUCGCACGAGGGAGGAGAGCGCCUCCCUGGGCUACCUCCGGGGACAUCUCACCGGGAAUUUACAGGAAAAGGACUGCAGCACCAUCCUUGAGGACGUCACGUCCAACCACAACGACUAUUACUACUUCAGGCUGGAAUGUGACAACCGGCUCAAGUUCAACUUUGCCCAGACCGUCCUGUUGGAAAUUCAAGACUCAGCGCCCCGGCCCACUAUCGCCCCCAGCAAGGGCGAGGUCAAGGAGGGUACGGCGAUGGCUCUCGAGUGCUGGGCCCCGGCUUCUUGCCCAACGCUGCCGCCGUCGCUGACGUGGACGCCGCAGCUGGGCGCCGUCUCGCAGGCACGCGUAGAGGCAGAGGGCCAGAGGCCGGCCAGGGUCACCGCAGUCAUGAAUUUCAUUGCGACCUACCAACACAACAACCUGGAUGUGACCUGCAGAGCCGCCUACAGGAGACAACCGGGAUAUACUGAGCUGCUCACAAAAAGAAGACGGAUGCUUGAGGUUUUGCAUGGCCCUAAGAACACAUCAGUGAGCUACUCCAGGCCCGUGAGGGCGGGCACCUGGGUCACGUUGACCUGCGACACGCUCGCCAACCCUACUGUAUCUGCCUACGCGUGGUACAAAGUGGACGCCGGUCAGGUGACGUUCUUGGGAAGAAGUAAGCGAUACUCGGUCGCCGCCACCGAGGACUCGCCCGGUUUUUUCUGCUGGGUGCGCAACACGUACGGAGAGCAAAAUUCAUCCGUCGUCACCUUGGACGCACAAUUCCCUCCCAAGGACACCACGGUGUCCGUGGUGCCGCCCGGCGUCAUCCUGGAGGGCACCCCGCUAGUCCUGCUGUGCGAGAGCCGAGCCAAUCCGCCCGUGUACAACUACAGCUGGUCCAUAAACGGCGGCGAGGACCUGGAGAUAGGGGACCUCUUGACCCUGGAGGCCGCCCGGCCCAGCCACAGCGGCGAGUACCGCUGCAAGGCCAAGAACUUGCUGGGCGAGCAAACGUCUGCCGGCGUUCAGUUAGACGUUCAAUAUCCCCCUAAGAACACGAGCGUGUCUGCGCGGCCACAAGGCUCUCUACCCGACGGCAGCGCUGUGACUUUAAGGUGCGCAAGCGUGGCCAACCCGCCAGCCGCUAACGUCACCUGGUACCGGCUGAACGGCGGGGAGAGGACGCUGCUGGGCACGGGACCGGAAAUGACCUUCAACGUCAGCAAGCUGUCGCAGGACAAGUUCUAUUGUGAGAAUGUCAACGUUCACGGGGCCCAGUCGGCGCAGCCAAUCGCCUUUGACGUCACGUUCGCACCAGAGAUCCUGCGGAGAUCCUCCCGUUGCCAGGACGUGUUAGCCCAGACCAGAUGUUCCUGCGUCAGCCAGGCCAACCCGCCGCCCUCCCUGCACUGGGAAUUGUCCGGUGUGCUCGUCAAUCAUUCCGACCGACGGCCCAUCGCGGAGGAAGCCCUGGACAACGCCACCCGGAGGAGCAUCAUCAUCAUGCAGCGCUUGAGCGGUGAACAAUUUGAGUCCUCGCUGGUUUGCUUCAGUUCCAACCCGCUGGGAUUUGACAGUAUCGCCUUCAACAUGUCCUCCCCUGCCGCUCAGAUAGGUGUGCCGGUUCUGGUUGGUUCUGCUGUGGGAGUGAUUACCAUGCUGAUCUUGAGUCUCCUGCUGCUCUUGUACAUUUGCAGGAAAACCAAAGGCAGCUUCCCAGCCGGCGAGAGACGAGCAGACAACGCCGCAGACUAUUUGGUCACCAAUGAGAGCAACACUUCCCACGUCAACGCCAUUUACGCAAACGACUUGGCCAAGGAGGCGUCCCCGGACGACGAGUACUUGCACUACGCCCACGUCAACGUGGUCAAACGGAAGUCGAUGGACGGCGACGAGAUCCGAGGACUUUCCUCCGUCACCGGAGAGUACGCGGAGAUACGACUGCGCGCCGCUGGCGAAAGCGACCAAAAGACGCAAGCGGAACCAGAGGAGGAAAAGGUGGCGGAGGUUCCCUCCGCACAGGAAGUGGCCGGCCAAGAUGUUGCGGCCUCCACAGAGUCCGAGAGUGACGUAAAUGCUCUCUAGACAACCUUUUGUUUGGUUGCAUCUGUGGAAAGGGAAAUAGUUGUAAGGAUUUAAAAAUUCGGUUGUUCCUUUUAUAGAAUUUAGAUUUGUCUCUUUUUUCUUUUUUUUCUUUUUAUGCAUUGCCAGUAACAAAAUGUACAGCCUUUCAAAAGUAGCCAUAAAAAACAAAGCUGGGAAAAAUGUCUCAUUUGCCAUUUUUCUGGUUUUACACUUGGCAAAUCGAAAGCUGAAUUGGAGCUAUUUUGCUAUUGGCCUACUUUGCUCUCUUUGGAGAACUCCCCUUUCUCCGGAUCUGUCGCAAAAGUUCUUCAAGAAACAAACAACUCCGUGACGUUUAUUGACACACUAACACGCAAGCCAAAUGCUGUCAACAGAAUCGAUUGGAUUCGGCCGCAGCGGCACUAACCGAGCGUGAAAGUCAAUAACAAGCCAGAAAGGAAUUGCAAGUGACUGGUAAGGAACCCUUGUGCACUCGUGAUUGACAUUACGAUGGCCUUCGCAGACAAGUGAGCGUAAGCUACUUGAUUGAUCUCGUGGGAUGUUAGCUAGCGGAGAGUGAUGCAAGUAUGGUGGAAAAACAAGCUGGCUCCGCAGGGGACAGUUGAUGGUCAAAGUCUUGAGAGAAUUGCGUCUGACAAAGACAACAACAGUAAUCACUGGCCUGGGUCAUCAUUAGUUAUUCCCUCAGGCUGAGAUUGUUUUUCAUGCGUUACAUACACACAAACAUACAAAUGAUCAGGCAUGGCGGCGGGAUUUUUGUUUUGUUUUUCACGCGUGUUUGUGUACCAAGGGCCUUCCAUGCACCUUGUGUUUAAAAUCAUAACCUAACUUGACUUUUCAAUAGAGUAAAGAGCACACUUGCAGAUUGGAACUGGCCGAAUCACCUUCCACUGAUGUUUCUUUCUCCCAUAUUUUGACAUUUUCACAUCAUUGCCAAUAGUGAAGCCAACUGUUUGUUGCAAUGCUAGCUCGAACCCCUCGAGCAAUGGAGCAAACAGAAACAGUCAUGGAUUUAUAGUCUGCAAAGAGCAACUCAUAGUAGUGCCUGCCAUAUGGUUGUAUGAUGAUUAUUUAGGAAUCAUUUUGUCUUCUUCUUUUGUCUUACACGGACGGCCUCGAGUUGGCCAGGAUGGGCUCAGCAGCGAGCACAGCCAAAUGGCCAUUCAAUAGGUGCAGUGUGAUCGAUCCAUUGAUUUGUGCUACGACUGCCUGCUUUUAGGAAACUUUCAAAAGCACAUGAACGACAAUGUGGAUUGAGCAGAAGAUUGCCUG